CACGGUGACCCGCACCAGAUCUUGCACUUGACUUGCAACUUGCUCUCCAGAUGCUUGCAGUGCAACAAUCAGCUGUAGUUCCAGAUCCUCUUUCGGUUCCUUCGAAUGCACCGGAACACUGUCCUGGCACGGAGUCCGAGUUAGCUGGCAAAGCCGAUGCUUGCAAUGGAUGCGCAAAUCAAGAAAUCUGUGCAUCCAACACACCCAAGGGUCCCGACCCAGCAUUACCCUUCAUUCGCGAUCGGAUGGCUACCGUGAAGCACAAGAUUCUCGUUCUAUCUGGCAAGGGCGGCGUCGGAAAAUCUACCUUCACCGCCCAGCUUGGAUGGGCAUUUGCUGCGGAUGACCGGAUACAAACUGGUGUCAUGGAUGUUGAUAUCUGUGGACCAUCCAUACCCACUAUCUUUGGUGUUGCCACAGAGCAAGUGCACUCAUCAUCAUCGGGAUGGUCUCCGGUCUAUGUACAGGAUAAUCUUGGUGUCAUGUCCGUCGGCUUCAUGUUGCCCUCGUCGCGAGACGCCGUCAUGUGGCGUGGUCCGAAGAAGAACGGACUCAUUGCGCAGUUCCUUAAAGAUGUCGACUGGGGUGAUCUUGAUUACCUCGUCAUCGAUACACCUCCUGGCACUUCGGAUGAGCACCUUAGUGUCGUUCAGUACUUGAAGGAAAGCGGCAUCGAUGGUGCUGUGCUUGUGACUACGCCGCAGGAAGUUUCCUUACAGGAUGUUCGGAGAGAAAUAGACUUUUGCCGGAAAGUGGGCAUACGAGUACUGGGCCUUGUGGAGAACAUGUCAGGUUUUGUCUGUCCUGGAUGCAAGACGGAGAGUCAAAUAUUCAGACCAACUACUGGAGGUGCGGAAAGACUAGCAAAAGAAACUGGCGUUCAGCUGCUGGGUAGGGUUCCACUUGACCCACGAAUUGGGAAGAGUGCAGAUUAUGGUGUCAGUUUUUUGGACGAAUACCCAGAUAGCCCCGCGUCGGGUGCAUACAUUGACAUCAUUGACAAGAUCAAAAAGAUAUUGGGAGGCGAUAGUGCCCUGUAAUUCUCAUUGUCCCAAUUCCCAGUAUUCUAGUACCGACCUCAUUUCAACUCAUG